CCAGAUGUUGUGACGAUGAAGACGACUAAAGUCUAGAUCACCGCAAGAAAAAGACGAGAACCUUUUGCUCUCACAGCUGUCUCGAGAGAGUACUCCCUCUGUCCAGAAGCUCUGUUCAAGAGAGUCACGCCUCCCGAACCCUAUCUCUCGAUCUCGUAGCAAAGCAAACAGAGAAUGGCAGAAGCAUGGGUCGAGCUCGCACUGGAAGCAAUCGGUACGCAGCAACAUCCUUUCCCUCCUAGUCGCCUUCGCCUUGUUACUCCCAAGCCUCUGAUCUUCUCUCGCAAUUCCUCGGAAACACUCAACCACGUGACUCAUCCAUCCCGAGGAUCUCCCAAACAUAAACUCAUGAUCGAUUGUAUUUCCCAGGCUGGCUCUUCGCCAAACUCGACGGCACAAGCGACAAAAAACGAUCCCAACAGCAACAGCGACAGCAGCACCGUUACCGCAGUAUCGACGAUGAUUUCCGACGCUGUGAUCAGAGACCGGUUAGGAGGCUUCGCGGCAGUGGUCAUGGGAGUGGAUCAGAUCGGAGAGAUAUACGACGACGGGAGAGUCGUCGGCAGAGGAACAGAGAUGAUGAUCAUGAGGAGUGGGAUUAUGGAGACAGAGGGAGAAGUGGAGGACGUCGCGGAGAGCGUGAUGAAUGGGAAAGGAGAGAUGCGUAUUAUUAUUAGAUGUUCGCUUAUGAUGGGUUGUGGUUGUGAUGAGAGGUGUUCGUUGGGAGGCACGAGAAGUCGAAGACGGGAGAUGGCUACAGAGUGGUAAUGGGUUGCUAUGUUGUCGGGGAAGUCCGCUUGAUGCUCAGCAAUGUUUGUGAGCUUGUCAGCGCUGGCGGCGUCUAGUAUUCGGAUGCGGCACUAAUGAAAUGGCAGGACGAGGGAAUGAGGGGGAACCUUGAUUAAUGAUUGUAUUUCGUUCCUGAUCUGCAUGUUGGCUGAUUGCUUGCAUCGGCUCUCUUCGCAA